GCUGCGACGCGUCUGCCCUGGCCUCUGGCCCCCAUCCUGAGAAAGCAGAAAUGUUCAGGUUGACACGAAGUCUCCAGCCCGCGGCAAGCCCUCAGCAAGGCCGGCGCGGCAUGGGCGGGAGGCCUUGAUGAGCGGGCGGCGACGCUGAGAGGGCCAGCAGCAGGGCGGGCCCAAGCAAGCAAUGGCCCAAACAUGGCGCCCGGGCCGGCCGUAGCGCGGGAGAGAAAGCCGAGGACAAUCCGGCCCACACGCCUCUUGCGGAGCCCGCGUCCGCCAUCUACUUCCGGAAUGUAAAGCCGGUUUCCGGAAGCUAGCAUGGUGUCCCCAUGACAACCGACCUGGGGUCUCUCUGAGGCCUUUGCCUUAGAGCAAGGGAAACAGCUCUGAUUCAGAGGAACUAGACACCUCUCCCACAGUGCUGGGAAGAGAACCAGGAGUUGUUUUCUCUGGAACUGUGGAAUGUGCCCUUGAGGACCCAAGAAAGAAGAAGGAAGAUGCUUCAGACCAGUAACUACAGCCUGGUGCUCUCCCUGCAGUUCCUGCUGCUUUCCUAUGACCUCUUUGUCAAUUCCUUCUCAGAACUGCUCCGAAUGGCUCCGGUCAUCCAGCUGGUGCUCUUCAUCAUCCAGGAUAUUGCAGUCCUCUUCAACAUCAUCAUCAUUUUCCUCAUGUUCUUCAACACCUUCGUCUUCCAGGCUGGCCUGGUCAAUCUCCUGUUCCAUAAAUUCAAAGGAACCAUCAUCCUGACGGCUGUGUACUUAGCCCUCAGCAUCUCCCUUCAUGUCUGGGUCAUGAACUUACGCUGGAAAAACUCCAACAGCUUUGUUUGGACAGAUGGACUUCAAACGCUGUUUGUAUUCCAGAGACUAGCGGCAGUGCUGUACUGUUACUUCUACAAACGGACAGCUGUGAGACUGGGUGAUCCUCGCUUCUACCAGGACUCUUUGUGGCUGCGCAAGGAGUUCAUGCAAGUCCGUAGGUGACCUCUUCUUGUCACGCUGAUGGAUGUCUUUCCUUCCUGAUAGAAGCCACGUUUGCUGCUCUGCAGGAAGUAUUGGCCCUAUGCACCGGGAAACAGUGGACUCCCUAAGAUAGGCUCAGGCCAGUUGUGUUCAGCAUUCGAAAAGGAAGAUCCUCCCUCUUGCAAAUUAAAAUGUUCCCCAACAGACUUCAGUACAUAAUCCCUUUCUUGCCUCCUAUCUCAGUUCUACACCCUUUCCUUCCUUUCCCGCUCUAUCCCGUUCAUUCUCUCUGCCCCCUUUUCUGUAGUAAGGGUUCUGUGGCUCUCUCAGGAAACCUGAGACGGGAGGACCUCCCAGCCCUCACUUUCCCUGUACCACACAUGAAUGACUGAAGGAUGCCAGGAAUGAUAGUUAUAUGCUCCUGACUGAUCACCCCUUAGACAUUUAGAUUUUAUACCCACAGCACUUUUUUAACAUUUUAUAAAUAGGAAAUAAAUUGAAUUCUUUUUCCAUAAA